UGUUCCGGCUCCCAUAGCCGCAAGUUCGAGUAAGCGAACACGCCCACCUCGUCUCCUUGCCAGCAUCGUCACCAACUGAUAAACAUCUAAACUGAAUGUACACCUUCAGUGCGAGCGUUUGUUCACCUUCAGUGAGAGCGUCGAGAGAAGAAAGAAAGUAGUUUUCCGCGCAGAGAGAGAGGAUGGAUUCUUCUAAGAAAGUGCAUAUUUCUCAGCAAGCCUUUGAUUCGCUUGUGAGGGAGAAUAUGGAAGAUUUGGGAAUGGAUCCUCAGGAAGCUCUCCAAGAUGCCAUCGAUACUUUGAAGCUACAGGGAGUUGAUCUUUCUGCUAUUAUAAAAUGGGCCCCUGGAGUUUGCGGUGCCAAUGAAAAUCCUGUGAUUCAGGCAUUGGAUAAUUUGAAAGAAAUAUUCACGAGGUUGUCCUCCUCUGGGUUUGAGGCAAUUACAUUGGCAAAGGGUUCUGAUGAAUGUGGAUUUGAGAAGUUCAUAGCUUCAGCUGCAGAUCUUGAAGAAAUGGUUGAAUUGCUCGGGAAGCUUCAUUCUCUCUGUUGUGAUGAAAAAUUGGGAAAUGCUUCCAUUGUAACAAGGAAUGGAGGCGUGGAGCUUCUAGUCUCUAUUUGUUCUGAUUUGAUUCCUGAAUAUGAAAGACCUCUUUCUUCAGCAUUGAGGACUUUGAGUUCAGUCCUCCAUGAUUUUCAAGGAAAGGAGAUAUUUAGGAAGACGGAUGGACCAAAAGCUCUUAUGGAUAUCUUAAAAAAAUACAGUCAGAACAUCAGUAUAUUGGAUGGAGGUCUUGCUGUUGUCACUGCAGCAGCAACUGGAAAUGAGAUUCUUAAGGAGUCGUUCAUGGACCUGAAAAUUGAUGAGUUCCUGACACAACUUCUGAGGUCACUGACUAAUUAUGGCAUGCCGAGUUUGUAUGAUGCCAUACGGGCAUUGUUGACUGCAGAUGAUGGUCGUGUCUUGGCUUCUCAAGUUUAUGGCUACGCCCGGAGAUUUGCUAAAAUUGGAGCCCACAGUUCCCUGCUAGAUUCACUUCGUCAAGAAAGACUCAAGUCUUCUUCUUUAAUUUUUGCGGCAACUGCUUUGCGGACAAUUGCUGUUAAUGAUGAAAUAUGCCGGUCGAUUGCUGAAAGUGGAGGGCUUGAUGUGGUUCUCCAGUGUAUUGAUGACAGCGGUGCAAGAAAUGAUAAAGCUGUCGCUAAAGCUUGUUGCACGUUGUUGUGCAAGCUAGCAGGAAGUGAUUCUAACAAAAGUUGCACUAUUCAGAAGGGAGGGCUUAAUAUACUUAUAAAACUUUCAUCUAGAUUUUCUGAUGAUCCUUCCAUUUUACUGGAGAUAAUGUCUAUUGUCUGUGCCCUAUCUCUGAGAUCCCCUGAAAAUGCAAGCGCUGCAAUUGAAGCUGGUGUGGGUGAUGUUGCAAUUGAAGCCAUGCAGAAGUUUCCUGCUGCCCAUCAGAUGCAAAGACAGGCUUGCCUCAUGAUUCGAAAUCUUGUUGCUCGGAAUCAUGAAAACAGGUCCAUUUUGCUGAAUAACGGUAUUGAGACGCUUGUGAGGAAGGCCAAGGAAAACCAUGAAAGCUGCAAAGAUGCUGCAACUGCUGCAUUGAGAGAUCUCGGACUAGAUAACUACAAUGUGUAACCACCACACAUGGCAUUUCUUCAUCCAUCUUCUUGUGCAUGCCACUGAAUCAAAUUUUCUGUACUAGAUCCCAUUGCAUUUCUCUGCAGCGUCACAAGGAAUUAUUCUCCCCCCCUAAAGAGUAUUGGAUUCUGCCCAAAAGCAUAUUUUAGCAAUUGCCACACUACAUGGUGCUGCCUGUUUAUAGGUACUUGCAGGGUUCAUCAGGACCAUGCAUUAUUAGGAACAUUGGGUUUAGCUUCUUGCCAGUGACAAAUGUCCAGUUGUAACAAGUUUUUGAUGAAAUCACACAGGAAUUAUGCAAGAUAACAUUGUACAUUCCAUUCACAAUAUAAGGGAUGGUUUUAAUUUA